AUGACUGCUCAUUUUGGUGAUUUCGGAUUAGCAAGGCUUCUUUCCAAAACCUCAAGCAACUCUUCUCAAGACCAAACAAGCUCUAUUGGGAUAAAGGGAAUAAUCGGCUAUAUGCCUCCAGGAUAUGGAAUAGUUGGCGAGCCAACAACAUAUGGGGAUGUGUAUAGCUUUGGAAUAAUUUUGUUGGAGAUAUUCACAGGACGGAGACCAAUUGAUGAAGUGUUCAGAGAUGGAGAAGUGGGAGUAGAAGAAUUUGUUGAAGACAAUGAGACUGAUGAUGAUCAAACAGAAAUCCAAGAAAAUAAUGUCAAUAUGGAAAAUAUGAAAUUACAAGGAAGCAAUGUGCAAAAAUGUGCUGGAUCAGUCCUCAAAAUAGGACUCGCAUGCUCGGCAGAACUAUCAGGAGAUCGAAUGAAUAUGAUCGAUGCUACAAGAAAAUUAAACAUUAUCACAGAGGCUUUCCUUCGUGCAAGGACUCAUAGAGAACAACAAAUUCCCAAAGACUACUCUGAUCAUUUGGAUAUUGCAGGAAUACGCUGUGGCAUUCAGGCAUCCAGGCCCCCACUAACCUGA